AUGCAAUGGCUACUAACAAAGUUAACACUAAUAUGUCUCACCACUACCAAGUUCACCCGCCUGGCAGCCGGUGCACCCAUUCCUCUACCAUCACCAUCACCCACUACAAUCUCAACAGCAGCCAACACCCACAUCAUGAAGAACACCAACAACGACAACCCCAAUCACAAUGACCACAUCCACUCCCUCCUCAAAUUUCAGUGGCUCGCCUCCCUCCUGAAAAAGCUCUCGGCUCUCACUCUCCGCGACUACUUCAUCAACCUCAGCGUCCUCAUCUGCAUUAUUGCGCUCUUCGCCCUGGCAUACCGAAUCGGCAGCAACACAAUGCGCUGCCAGCGAUGCCGAGUGGACCGGGCCGCUCAGCGCGAGGAACGGAAAGCUCGGAGGGCGUAUAAAGCCGCUGCGAGGAGGCAUCGAUGGAAGCAAUGGUGGGAAGGGAAGACUUCUUACUAUCAGUAUCAGUGCCAGGAUCAGGGGUUCGGCUAUGAUGAUGGGGCGGUUGUGAUGGGGUCUGUUCGUGUGCGGGAAAGGGAUGUGGAGAUGGGAAGGUUGUCUGAUGAUGAGGGUGAGGGUGUGUUUGCUGUGGCGGAUGCUCCUCUUCCUGUUACUAUGCAGGCGGAGAUACAUGGUUUCAGACAGGCGUUGGAGUAUGUGGGAGAAUUGGUGAGGGAAAGUGCACCGCCGCGGGCUAAGGUGGCAGUGGAUCAGGAAGUGGGUGGUUAUGAUGUGGAUGUGGGUGUGAAUGGGAAGGGUGGAAGUGGAGAGGAGUCGGAUACGGAGGCAUCGUCAACGGUCGGGUUGGCGACGGUUACUUUGUCGACGGGGACGAGUAGCUUGAAGAGUGUGGAUUGUAAGUCGUUGUCGGGGACAAUAGAUACCCUGGAUAGUAUGGGGUCGCCGCCGCCCAGCUAUCAUUCAUGAGGGACUAUGGUUUCAUGUGUAAUAAUACUAAUCGUGGAGCAUGGGAGUUCAGGAUAUGGUUAUGGAUCAUGGCAAAAGGGUGGUUUUGGUAUUUCAUAAUGUUUAAUAUUACAAUGAAAUGGUGGGUGAACGGCAUGCAUAUAGAAACAUUAGACGCAUCGCUCACACCUUUGUCCGCUUGGCUGCUUCUUCGUUCUCGGCUUCAUCUUCUUCAUCUUCCACCGUGAGCUUCCGCUUUACCCGCUGAUCUCUGCUGCUUGCCUCGCCCAGGACAGCGGUUGACUCUGGGGUAGCAAGCACACCAGACUCCUCUUCUUUGGCCUUCAGUGCUUCCUCGCGGGCGUUGAAGGCCUUGAGAAGAGCAUCAUAGCCCUCCUCGACGUUCGUCACGGUCUCCUCCAGCUUCUCGACGCGUUCGCUCGAGUCCAGUUGGAUGAGUAGA